AGAAUUGUCCCGAUCAGAAUCCUCUUCUUAAAAACUGGAGCCCUGGAAAAGAUCCGGAAAAACGAGUUUUUAUCAAAAAAGGGGAUUUGUUUCGUCUGAACUCAGACGCUACAGUACACUCUAUAGUUAUACAGGACGGAGGUUUACUCGUUUUUGGUGAUGACAAAGAAGGUUCUAAAAAUAUUACCUUGAGAACUCGAUUUAUCCUGAUAAAGGAUGGUGGAAUGCUUCAUGUUGGAGCAGAGAAAUGCCGCUAUAAAUCCAAAGCAACUAUUAUUUUGUAUGGGAAGUCAAAUGAAGGUGCUGAUGUUCCAGAAUUUGGCAAAAAGUUUAUUGGCGUGGGCCCCGAAGGAACGUUGGAGUUGCAUGGGCACCAGAAGUUAUCGUGGACUCUUCUGUCAAAGACUAUGUAUUUCUCAGGGCUGGCCUAUGGUCAUUAUACAUUUAAAAAGAAUUUUUCCCGAGGACUAAAUGUUAGAGUCAUCGAUCAGGACACAGCAGAGAUUUUGGAGGUGCUGAAAUUUGAUACUCAUGAAUUUUCAGAAGAUAGCUUGAAGCUCCAGAACUUACUGAAAAAUGGAAGUCCUGGUCGCAUUAUUGCUAUUGCUGUAGGAGACUCAGCUGCUAAAAACUUACUGGAAGAAACCAGAGUGACUAUUCAAAAUCUUCUGGGAAGUAAGUUUGUCAGAGGAUUAAGUUACAGGCAAGCCUGGGCUUUAGUUGGUAUCAUAGGUGGUGGAAAUUCUUCCUGUAAUGAAUCAGUGAGAAACUAUGAAAACCACAGCACUGGUGGGAAAGCUCUUGCUCAGAAGGAGUUUUUCACAGUGGACGGUCAGAAAUUUGUUGUGAGAGCUUACAGUGAAUGGAAUGAUGGUGUUCCAAUUUCAGGCUUCCAGGUGGAAGCUGUAGGUGGAGUAGUGCUGAAUCUUCUGGAUGAUGUUAGUAGUUGGGAGCCUGGAGACAAGAUUGUGGUUGCAAGCACUGACUAUUCAAUGUAUCAGACAGAGGAAUUCACCCUCAUUCCCUGCUUGGAGUGCACCAAGCAUCAGGUUAAAGUCAAAGAAAAUCCUCAGUUUCCUCAUGUGGGAGAAGUUAUUGAUGGAGUGGACAUGAGAGCAGAAGUUGGAGUUCUUACAAGAAACAUCUUAAUCAAGGGGGAGACAGAAGAUACUUGCUAUCAUGAAAAGGAGUGUCAGUUCUUCAGUUAUGAUACUUUUGGUGGACAUAUCAAGAUUUUGAAGAAUUUUACAUCUGUUCAUCUCUCCUAUGUGGAAUUGAAGCAAAUGGGCCAGCAGCAGAUUGGAAGCUACCCUGUUCACUUUCACCUUUGUGGGGAUGUGGAUGAAAAAGGGGGUUAUAGUUAUAAAACUUACCUGGAAGGUCUUUCCAUUCAUCACUGUUUUUCCAGAUGUGUGACUGUUCAUGCAACUAAUGGUUUGCUGAUAAAGGACACUAUUGGCUACGACACACUAGGUCACUGUUUCUUCAUAGAAGAUGGCAUUGAGCAGAGGAAUACAUUGUUCCACAACCUUGGGCUAGUCACUAAACCAGGCACUCUUCUACCUACAGACAGAAACAGCAGCAUGUGUAUUGGUAUUAGGGAUAAAGUGUAUGGAAGUUAUGUGCCAGUGCCAACUACAGACUGCAUGGCAGUUUCUACAUUCUGGAUUUCUCAUCCCAACAAUCAUCUUAUAAAUAAUGCAGCAGCAGGCUCACAGGAUGCUGGAAUAUGGUAUUUGUUCCACAGGGUUGCUACAGGAGAUUCCCACAGUUCAGCCAUUGAAACCAAAUCAGAGCUUACACCUCUAGGAGUCUUCUAUAACAACAGGGUCCAUUCUAAUUUUAAGGCGGGUUUAUUCAUUGAUAAGGGUGUUAAAACAACAAAUGCUAGUGCUGAUGAUCCCAGAGAAUAUCUUUGCUUGGACAACAACGCAAGGUUUCGACCUCAUCAAGAUGCAGACCCUGAAAAGCCCCGAGUUGCUGCACUGAUCGACAGAUUAAUCUCUUUCAAAAACAAUGAUCAUGGGGCCUGGGUAAGAGGAGGGGAUAUCCUCAUUCAAAACUCUGGGUUUGCAGACAAUGGAAUAGGUUUAACAUUUGCUAGUGAUGGGAGCUUCCCAAAUGAUGAAGGUGCCAGCCAGGAGGUAUCAGAGUCACUGUUCAUAGGUGAGAGCAAGAAUUACGGAUUUCCAGGUGGACAAAAUAAAUAUGCGGGAACUGGAGGAAUAGACAACAAGGCCCGCACUCUGCCUAGAAAUCGGACAUUUCCAAUCAGAGGCUUUCAAAUAUAUGAUGGACCUAUUCACCUUACCAAGUGCACGUUUAAGAAGUUUAUGCCAACUCCAGACAGAUUUACCAGUGCAGUUGGAUUCUUGAUGAAAAAUCCAUGGCAGAUGACGCCAAAAAAUAACAUUUCCCUUGUGAAGUUUGAUCCAAACGUAAGUUUAUUGCAAGUUUUCUUUUAGUAUUGCAAAUGGUUUGGG